GAUGAUCACAGAUUGCUUUUGCUCGCCGAUCCGCUUACCGCAGUAUCUCUUACUCCUAAUAAUUGUCGAAGAAGCGUUCCGAGGUUGGCUUGAGGGUGAGAAAAGGAACACGCCCUGUGUAGUGGUUUUUGUUAUUUUGUGAUUGUAAUUAACUUUUUAGAUUGUUUGUGAUUAUUAAACGGUGAUUUAUAAAAUGUUAAGCAUAUAUAAAGUUUUCUUUCUAGCCGAGUAGAAUUUGAACGACGUAAUUGGUGUAGCCGGCACUCCUAUUUUACAAACAAAAUAAUGAAUGACAAUGGUUGCAUUCACUUGAAUAAUUUUAAGGCCGCCAAAGGUACACAUCCUUAUAAAAUAGUCCACGCAUUUUUCGUAUCAUGCACUUCAUAUGAGGCACGGAAAUAUAAGGCGACGUCUUGUCUGUGUUUCACAUGUGGUAAAACGGGACCGCGUAUGCAUUCGUGUUUGCAUUGCAUAUUCUUCGGAUGCUACUCCGGCCACAUACAAGAUCAUUCAAAGACAAAGAAACAUUUUCUAUAUGUUGACCUGGGCUUUGGAAACAUCUUUUGUGCACAAUGCCAAGACUACAUUUAUGAUAGAGAACUGACUGAUAUUGCUGUUACAUACAAAUUGAAACAAGCAAAAUCAUUAGGAUUAAAUGUGCCAUACACACCAUGGUUACCUAACAACAAUGAGGCUAUGGCUCUACGCCGUCUCCGCAAGAGAAGACUCAUCAGCCCUCACACAACAAUAGGGCUGCGAGGACUUCAAAACCUGGGGUCUACUUGCUUCAUGAACUGCAUUGUCCAGGCACUCAUUCACACACCCUUACUGCGAGAUUACUUUCUGGCCGAGAAACACAAAUGCAAAGCGCAAAGUUCCGGCAAAUGUCUCGUGUGCGAAGUCUCCAAGUUAUUCCAGGAGUUUUAUUCUGGUGCGAAGACUCCUUUGACCCUACACAGACUGCUGCACCUGAUCUGGACGCACGCGCGGCACCUGGCAGGUUACGAGCAGCAGGACGCACACGAAUUCUUCAUCGCCACGCUUGACGUACUGCACAGACAUUGUAUGAAUGGCGUUGAAGAUAUAGAGAAGAAAGAGAACGGUCGCUGCAAUUGUAUCAUAGAUCAGAUUUUCACAGGAGGUCUGCAGAGCGAUGUGGUCUGCACAUCAUGUUCAGGCGUGUCCACCACCAUAGACCCAUUCUGGGACAUCAGUUUAGAUGUAGCCGGGCCCGGAUCACUACAGGCUUGUUUGGAACGUUUCACACGAGCGGAGCAUCUCGGUUCAGCUGCCAAGAUCAAAUGUUCAAACUGUCGAGCGUACAGAGAAUCAACCAAACAACUUACCCUAGAAACUUUACCAAUAGUUGCAAGUUUCCAUCUUAAACGCUUUGAACAUUCAUCACAGAUUGACAGGAAGAUAUCUGCUUUCAUAUCGUUUCCAGCUGAGCUGGAUAUGACUCCAUUUAUGUCGUCACAUCGUCGUGCGGUAGAUAUGGCCGGUGCUGAUAAUAAUAAUGCCCCUCAAGGCAUCUUUGAAGAUAAUCGAUAUUCAUUGUUCGCUGUAGUGAAUCAUUUGGGUUCUCUGGAUGCGGGACAUUACACCGCUUAUGUGCGUCAGAUGAAAGGCAGCUGGUUCAAAUGCGAUGACCAUAUGAUCACAAGAGCUUCGCUACGAGAAGUGUUAGAUAGUGAAGGGUAUCUUCUCUUCUAUCAUAAAACCGUCCUGGAAUAUGAAUGUGAUGUGUCAUAAAUUAGAAAUCUUCUAAAUUUAUGGAACUCACGUUUAUUUGGAAACAGUUUACGAAUGUAAGCGAUCGUUAGAGCCGCGUCUGAUGAAAUAACUUGACGUACUGGUUAACCAGUGAUUCCUAAAUAUCACUUUGAAAUAGUGAUGAUAUUGAAUUAACAAUAAUCAAAAUUGCUCCUGAAAUAAAGGAGUUGUGUUUGAGGACUUAGCGCUAAGCUUUAAUAUCAUAAAUUAUGUCUAAAUAUUGUAUACAUCUUGUAUAAUGACUGAUGUAAUUCUCAAAAUCUCAAUGUUACGCGUCUUGUUGCGUUUACGCUGAUUGUAUUUUAAAUUUAUUUUGACAUCAUAAUUUAUUGUAAAAUUAAAAUUAUGGCUGACAUUUUAUUUGUUGAAUAUUAUGAAAUCGUAUUAAAUCCAAUUAUAAAUAUGAAAAAUAACAAAAAAAUAAGUAUUUAAUACAUAAUGAUUGUGUAAUUUUUCAAUAUUGUAUAUUUAAUGAACAAAAUCUUGAAUCUACCUCGCCGAUUAUCUCUUGCAUUUGACUUAAACGUAUACUUUGGUUGGAUUAUUUGUGAGUAUGGCUUUAUAAUUUGCUUUCUUCCCAAGUUUUAUAAAAUGUAAUAUUAUAGUAGUGUGUUAAAUGCUGAAAUAUUAAAUGUUCUCGGAUAUUUCUUGCAUAUUCAGUGUUAAAUAAUGAAUUAAAAUAAACAUGUUAUAAACCAAAGUCGGCAAGACUUGUAUAAAACGAUCAAUUUAGAUGGCCCCUGCGCGUCAUUAUCGUAUCCUUGUUCAUAUUGUAUGACUGAUCUAGCUUAAUGUGAUAUUUAAUAUUUAUGUGUGUAUAAAUUCAAUUGAAAUGAGAAAUUAUCAAAAAAGAACUAAACAGUUUUACCUUUAGAAGAAUCUAAUCACUGACUA